AUGUCACCAAACACUCUCCCAUCUACCGUGCGCGCUCUGCUGCAAGCAGACCCUACUUCUAACCUCGUUACGCUCGUCGAGCGCCCUCUGCCAACGCCAGAUUUGGAGAGGGGCGAGCAUCUGAUCCGUGUUUAUGCUGCCUCCCCAUGCGCAGGAGAACUCCUCUGGCCCAGUUUCGUUGACGCUCCUGGGAAGGAGAUCAUUACCUGCGACGACGUUGCAGGGGUGGUAGCGAGAGCCCCCGAAGGCUCUCCUUUCAAAGCAGGAGACGAAGUAUACGCUCGGACAAGCUACUAUCGCCCCGGGUGCGCUCGUGACUACGCAAUCGCGACCACCGACGAAUUAGCCGUACGGCCCCGUAAGCUGAGCUGGGUGGAGUCUGCAGCUGUGCCUCUUUCUGCGGAAACUGCGUGGCAGGCUCUGUUCAAGCAUGCUGGGAUUGGCAAAUUUAAUAGCCCGAACUGGAAGGGUAAACGCAUCUUGGUGACUGGGGCUUCCGGAGGGGUUGGGACCUGGAUCGUUCAGAUUGCAAGUCUCACAGGCGCGGAAGUGGUUGGUACCUGCGGACCAGGCAACAUAGACCAUGUCCGGGCCCUAGGAGCCACGGAUGUGCUGAACUAUCGGUCAAUCCAACUCUCCGAAUGGGGCCAGAGCCCAGUGAACAAAGUCGACGUCGUCAUUGACUGCAUUGGCGGGCAAUCACUUGAAGACGCCUGGUGGUCUCUCCGUGAAAACGGCGUGAUUAUUAGUAUCAACCAGCCGCCAGAGCACCGCCGGCCAACAGGAUUUGCCGUAUCCGGCGUGAAAGAUCUUUUCUUCAUCAUGGAGCCAUCUGGUGCGGACUUGGCAGAAAUCACAAAGUUGAUGGACAAGGGCAAAUGCCGACCAGUUGUUGACAGUGUCUGGCCCUUGGAGCAGUUUAAAAAUGCGUACGAACGUCUAGAGAGUGGCCAUGCGCGAGGUAAAGUCAUUUUUGAUAUGUUGCUGAACACUGAAAAGUAA